AUGAAGUUUCACUACAAGGAGAAACACUCUUUUGAAAGGAGGAAGGUCGAGGGUGAAAAAAUCCGACGAAAAUAUCCUGAAAGAGUUCCUGUGAGUAUCACGUCUAAAAAUGCUAACUAUUUUGCCAAUGGAAACGAAUUUACUUCUCUUCUCAGACAGAUCGUUCUAAAAAAUAAAUUCAUCGCGAUUAAGGCUAUUUUGCGAAUAGUAAUUGUUGAGAAAGCUCCAAAAGCUAAAAUUAGUGAUUUGGAUAAACAAAAAUACUUAGUACCAUCUGAUUUGACUGUGGGACAGUUUUACUUUUUAAUUCGCAAACGAAUUCACUUACGUCCAGAGGAUGCUCUCUUUUUCUUCGUAAACAACAUUAUUCCUCCAACAAGCGCUACCAUGGGUUCUCUUUAUGCGGUAAUUAUAUAAUUUCAGACAAAUAAAUAUCUGUCAUAUUUGUAAUAUUUGUAUUUCAUUAUGUUUCAUAGGAACAUCAUGAAGAAGAUUUCUUCCUUUAUAUAGCAUACAGCGAUGAGAAUGUGUAUGGACACUAAUUCACAAAAAUAAACAAGACAACAUCCGAAGAGAAAAGCAGACAAAAAUUUGCCAUCUACAAUGACGUAGUCCUUUUAGAAGCUUUUGGAAAUGUCAACAAAAUUAUGUCUUUCAAUUGUUUCAAGUGAAAUUUUAAAUUCUAGCACUACAUAAUUUAAGUUUGCUUCCUUAAUAUAAAUUGGACACAUUCGUCUGCCAAUUAUAUUAAUAUUGUAUGUAUAUUUUUUCUUUUUUUUUUUAUUCCAUCACUCACUGAUUAUCAAAAAAACUUUGAGGAUCAGAAUGUAAAGAUUAGAAUUAUAUUAUAUGAUUUUCUUAUCAUAUUUAGCUUGAUAUGUAAAAAAAUUGAAAGUCAUUAAAAAAAAAAGAAUUCAUAAUUAUUAUGAAAAUAUAUUAAAACUAAUAUUUAGAAUGAUCUUAUGAUAAAUUCAUAA